AUGCUCCGUUUAUUACUCUUGACAACACUUGCAAGCAGUAUUAAAGUUAGUCACUGCACAGCUACCAUCUCUUCAAUGGCUUUAAAAAGUGUUGACUUUGAAGUUUUUGGUCGAGUGCAAGGUGUCUUUUUUCGUAAGUAUACAAAACAACAAGCAGAUAAACUUGGAUUAAGAGGAUGGUGUAUGAACACAUCUCGGGGUACUGUACAAGGACAGAUGCAGGGUCCUUCAGAUAAAGUAGAUUCCAUGAUGCAAUGGCUAAAAACAACAGGUAGUCCCAGUAGCAAAAUUGAUAAAGCCGAAUUCACACAUAAUAAGGAUCUGUCGGAUUAUACUUUUCAAAGUUUUGAUAUUCGUCGCGACGAUUAA